AUGGAGGUAAUCGAUGAUAAGGAAAAUCAACCACCAGAGUCUGCGGUCAAGUCACUCCAAGAUGAGCUUCCUGUACCCACCGUGCGCUACGCAAGCGCACAGGACCAACCGACUCAGAUUUUGCACUUUGGCGAGUCUGCGCGCUCCCUUUUUAUGCUAGAAAAGCCAUCAGAGGAGCGAAUGCGACUUGUAAUUGCGCUUAAGGAUGCCCCACGAUCUGUGUCUGCGUGGCUCGAGCUCUUGCGCUGCCCAUUGACUGGCAACCCCACCAGAUACAGCAAAUUACGACUACUGAGACGCGCGCUGACAUGUGUCGACUCAGAGAAGGCACGUCAGACAGCUGGUUAUACGGAGAUGUGUAUCAUGUUGGCUAAGCUGAGCGAUAGUGAGACAGGCAUUAGGCAAAGCUUUUGCGAUAUGAAAAGCCGACGGGUGGGCGAAAAGCAACCUCUGUUGUAUGAGGAGGAGGCAGCUUUUGAAUACGCAGCGGGUAAUGAGGAUAUUGCAGAGGACAUUCUGGAGCGCGGGGUAGACAAUGAUGCUUUGACGCCGAUUGAGAAGGAGGAGUUACUGAAGAAGGUGAUUGCAGGCAGAGCAGGAUGGGUAGCGGCAUUUUCUGGCUCACAACAGGAACAGAAAAGACUUGCUUUAAAGACCAGAUUGCAGACGCUUAGACAGGCGCAAAACGAGAUAGUAAGUGCAGUCACUUCGCCACGUGUGACAACGACGCCAGUUCGUCCAUCAACUGUUUCAGCGGGUUCGACACCUGUUAGUCGAGAGCAUUGCGGUGGGGAGAACGACUCAUCUAGACUAGCAAUGACACCCUUGAAAGCGACACCAGGUAGCUACGCCCAAAAAGAUGUAGGUUUUUCAACAGUGUCGAAGGCGAAAAAGUCGCCGUUGCUUACAACGCCUUCGCUCCCAACGCGGUCAGUAUUGAAGUCACAUUCGACCACCAGAAAGACGCAGCACCCGCCGUUGCGCUUUCAGCUCGCUGGCCCGCCGCUUCGAGUGAUCGCUGGUAACGAAAACCAAAGCGAUGACGAUGACGAUGAUAAUGCUUUGAUAGGAAGUCAAGCGACUCCGACUAAACCGCAAGAAGAUGUCGCAUCAGUGGAGAAGCAGGAGAAUAAAGCUAUAAGAGUCAUAUCGGGAUCAAAUAAAAGGCUUAAGAUUAAUGUGGGUGACAUAAAUCAUAUAUUGAAGUGGAAUCCAAAGGAGAAGAUUCUGAAAAAAGAAGAAUCUCAAAGCCUUUCCAGCAGCGGCGAUUUUGUGAAAUUUCCGAUCGAUACGUUAGCGAAGCCCGUAGCAUCGGGUACAACGCUCAAGAGUCCAGCGACAAAUAUCGACAAAGCAAUCGCUACGAUUUGUAAGAAAUCAAAUACAGAAGUUGAUGUGUUUUCGAAGGUUCGAGAGGUUUCGCCGGUUUCGCUUUGUACGCCCAUGAUCAACAACAAAGAGUUUGUAACUGAAAAAUGCUCUCCAAGAGUGCAUAGACCAUUUCCGUGGGAAUUAAAAGCAAGUGCUGCACGAAUAGAGCCUCAAGGAAGACUAACAAGCAAUGUGUCUUUUGAUCACUAUCGCUCUCCAAACCGCGAGCAAUCGCAUUCAUCAGUAGUUGGGCCAGACGAUGCGGAAUCAAUCUCGCCCGACUCUCUUUCUUCGUCAUCAUCCCCUCCUGUGGCGACAAUGAGUAGUGUUUUAACGCGAGAUGCACUGGAAUCACUUACGAGCAAAGUUGUGGUUAAUGGGCAAAAGUAUAUCAAGCUUGAGCAAAUUGGCAGCGGAGGAAGCAGUAAAGUCUACCGAAUGUUAGGGCCAGACCUCAAAAUAUAUGCUUUGAAGAAAAUAAAGCUGAAGAAACUAGAUGACAAAAGUAUUGCCCAGUUCACAAACGAGAUAGAGCUUCUAAAACGAUUGCAAGGGAAUCCUUACAUUAUCAAGCUGAUUGCGGCAGAACAAAAUCUUCAGCAGCGGCAGAUUAAUGUGAUUAUGGAGCAUGGCGAAAUUGACCUUAGCGAGCGACUAAAAGAUUUAAAGGGCGGUAUGGAUGAGAAUAUGUUGCGAGUAAUUUGGACUCAAAUGCUUGAAGCUGUGAACGCCAUUCACCAAAAGCGAAUCAUUCAUGGUGAUUUGAAACCGGCAAAUUUUCUGUUUGUAAAUGGCGUGCUCAAGCUCAUUGACUUUGGAAUUGCGAAGACAAUUUCAAACGACACGACAAACAUUGAACGUGAUAGUCAGAUAGGCACGGUCAAUUUUAUGUCUCCGGAGGCAAUACAAGGCAACUCGGGUCCUAAUGGCCAGCGCUAUACUCAAGGGAAAAUGAAGGUUGGUCGUGCUAGUGAUAUAUGGUCAUUGGGGUGCAUACUUUACCAAAUUGUUCACUCGAAGCCUCCAUUUGGGGAUAUACACAACAUCAUUGAGAAGUUCCGAUGUAUUAUUGAUCCGACAGUGCCAAUUAAUUUUCCAUCGCUACAAAAUAAGCAUUUGGAAGACGUGAUUCGUUCUUGUUUGCAACGAGAUCACCGCCUUCGUCCACCAAUUGUUGGAGAAAACGGUCUGUUACAGCAUCCGUUUUUACGAAGUAAUAGCUUAAACACUGCAGUAGGAACGCCUAUCGCCGUGACGGUGGCCAAUGCACCGCAGAUUCUUUCGCAGUUUGGCGAAUUUCUGCGCUGUCAGGGAGUUGCAGCAAGUCGGGUGAACAUGUUUAUCGCCAUUGGACAAGAUGGCUUACGAAACGCGGACAAUGAGGAAUCUCAGACUCCUUAUUACUCAUACAACACCCAAGAGCGGCGGACAGAUAUUUAA